AUGGCUGGCACUCUCAAGGCUGCUUUUCGAGAAAUCUGUCAAAUUAUGAUCGAAAAUGGUCUUGAUAUUGAGCAAGUCUACGACGAUCAAGACCCGAAAUUCUUUAUCGGAAAGGGCACAUUGUUUGACGGAAGCUUCCUAGAUAAGCGUGCCAAGCCCAAGUUGGAAAAAGGUCCAUGGACUUUAGGGCUUCGUCCAGGUCUAUUUGAAUAA